UUUCGAUUUUGACUCUCCCUAACGUACCAAAGCUUCUCGCUUCUAUUGUUCUUUCUCUCUUCCACGACCCCCUCCCAAGAAAACCAGAAAAGAAGUUUCUUCGCUUUUCCUUUGUGCAAAAUCUGGAAAGGAUGAAAGCUGAACCCGAUGAGCAAAACGAAAUGGCUGGUGGAGGGGAAGGGGAAGGAGGAAGCAAACUGACUAAAAAAUAUGCUGAAACGUAUCUGAAGGAAGUCAGGGAGAUGUUUGAGGAUAAAAAAUACAAGUACGACAUGUUCCUUGAAGUCAUGAAGGAUUUCAGUACUCAAAGGGCUGACAUAGUGUGUGUGAUGGGGCGAGUGAAAGAGUUAUUGAAAGGGCAUAGCAACUUGAUUCAGGGAUUUAAUUUGUUUUUACCGAAGGGAUAUGAAAUUAGCGUGGACGAGGAGAAGGCUUCUCCGGAAGAAAAGAUUUCUGAAUUUGAUGAAGCAUUCGAUUUUAUAACGCUAAUAAAAGAACGUGAUGAGCAUGUUUAUCUGGAUCUUGUAAAUAAGCACUGGGGGGGAGCAGGACGUAAUUAAGUUCUAUGCCAACGUUGCUUCUCUUUUUUGGGACCAUCCAGAUUUGCUUGAGGAGUUCAAAUUUUUUUUACCAAAUACUAUAGCCUCAUAAUAAUUACAUAUUCUAUUUUUUUUUUCUAUGUUGUUAAUUGUUCAUUGAAUUGACCCACCGGAUUUGUAUUUGUCCCCAUCACUCCCACAAAUUGCAAAGGAUUAUAUAAGUUACAUAUUAUUUUGUCAUUUGAGUUUUAUU